CAAAAAUAUCUGUCCUUUUGGGCUUCUUGUACUUCAAUUUUUCCGAAGUGUCCAUUAACACCAUUUCCACCAUCCUUAUCUCCUCUUCCAAUCUCCUCUCUAAAAGAAGAGAAUGGAGUCAAAGAAACAUGCACAAGAUAAGUCAUCAUCUCCACUGUUCCUACCAGCUCAAAGAGACGUCCGUGGCUCACUUGAAGUAUUCAACCCAUCAACCAACGACACCACCGCACCAUUCCGACCACAGCCCACCUGGCGGAGCUGGGCAGAGUCGCCGCCACAAAACAACCCAGAAACUCCACCGUCGGAGGCAGUCAAUGUUAAUGUUGCUAGCCUUUCGACCUCUCAAUCCGGUAGACUGCCAGCUGAUGAGAUCAAGUCAUGGAUGGCCCUGAAAGAUCCUAACCCGUAUGAAGUUCCGCCGGUGACGUUGGCGCCUAAGUCACCGGCCUUUGCUCAAAGUUCCAAAGCGGCUGUGAUGGCACCACAGUCGCCGGGUGGAAUAGUGGGUGCUGCUGAACAAAGAGCGGCGGAGUGGGGUUUGGUUCUGCAAACAGACACCGAGACUGGUAAGCCACAGGGGGUUAAAGUAAGAACCUCCGGCGAGGAUCCGAAUGCUAAACCCGGUUCAAAUAGGAGGGAUUCGGGUAAUUCCCUUCAGAGUUCCAGUGAUAUAUCAGAUGAUGAGGGAUUGGGAAAAGAGAGAGGUUUUCCGAGAGUAUCAGAGGAUUUGAAGGAUGCAUUAUCGACAUUUCAGCAGACAUUUGUGGUUUCAGAUGCCACAAAACCAGACUAUCCAAUUUUAUAUGCAAGUGCUGGUUUCUUUAAGAUGACUGGUUACACUUCCAAAGAAGUAAUCGGCAGAAAUUGCCGGUUUCUACAGGGUGCAGACACCGAUCCGGAAGAUGUGGCUAAAAUUAGGGAAGCGUUGCAAAAGGGCACGACCUUCUGCGGUAGACUCCUCAACUACAAGAAGGAUGGCUCAACCUUUUGGAACCUUCUCACUGUUUCCCCUAUCAAAGAUGAAGCUGGCAACAUCCUCAAAUUCAUUGGAAUGCAAGUGGAGGUAAGCAAGCAUACAGAAGGCACGAAAGAGAAGACGCUCAGGCCAAAUGGGUUGCCUGAAUCUUUGAUUCGAUAUGAUGCCAGACAAAAAGAGAUGGCAUCGAGUUCAGUGACCGAGUUGGUGGAGGCAGUGAAAAGACCUAGAUCACUCAGUGAGUCAACCAAUCGUCACCCAUUCAUGACGGAAUCAGGAAAGAAGGAGAAACAAGACAAAGACGAUGCGUCGGGUUUAGGCCGGCGUAAAUCUGCAGAGACUACGUAUGCUCCGCCACCACCUCCUCCACGAAGAAAUUCACACGCCGGCGUUAGAACCAUCAAAACCAUGCAGCCAAUCGACGAGCUCCCUGAAAAGAAGCAGAAAAAACCAAGACGUCUUUCUUUCAUGGGAAUUAAGAAGAAAAAUCGUAAAAGUAGUGAAGAAUACGAUGACGGAUUCGAGGGAGACAUCAACAUUCAGGAUACCGAUGGUGAGGUUGACGAUGAAGAUGAUGGGUUUGAGCUGAAGAAGGCUGAUUCAAGGCCAGAAAGCUUGGACGACAAAGUUAGAAAGAAAGAAAUGAGAAAGGGUAUUGAUCUCGCAACAACCCUUGAACGUAUUGAGAAAAACUUUGUCAUCACUGAUCCACGACUUCCCGAUAAUCCCAUCAUUUUUGCGUCGGAUAGUUUCUUAGAGCUAACAGAGUAUAGUCGAGAAGAGAUUCUGGGAAGAAAUUGCAGGUUUCUUCAAGGGCCUGAAACUGAUCCAACAACCGUCAAGAAAAUCCGAGACGCCAUUGAUAACCAAAGAGAAGUUACUGGAGAAGUGCAAUACUUUAUUGGGGUGCAAUUAGAUGGAAGUCAACAUGUUGAGCCACUUCACAACUGUAUCCCUGAAGCUACUGCUAAAGAUGGCGCUGUUGUGGUGAAAGAGACUGCAGCAAACGUCGAUGAAGCAGUCCGAGAACUUCCAGAUGCUAAUAUGACCCCAGAUGAUUUAUGGGCAAAACAUUCGAAUGAAGUUCGCCCCAAGCCUCAUAGAAGGGAUAGCUCAGCCUGGAAUGCUAUUUUAAAGGUUAUUGAGAGUGGAGAAAAGUUAGGAUUGAAGCAUUUUAAGCCCAUAAAGCCUCUAGGAUCCGGUGAUACAGGAAGUGUUCAUUUGGUUGAGUUAUGUGGAACUGGAGAGUUCUUUGCGAUGAAAGCAAUGGAUAAAGGUGUAAUGCUCAAUCGUAACAAGGUGCAUAGAGCAUGUGCAGAAAGGGAGAUCUUGGAUAUCUUAGACCAUCCUUUUCUUCCAGCAUUAUAUGCUUCAUUUCAGACACCAUCUCAUGUUUGUUUGAUCACCGAUUACUGUUCUGGAGGAGAACUUUUUAUGCUUUUAGACAGACAACCAAUGAAGGUCUUGAAGGAAGAGGCUGUAAGAUUCUAUGCUGCAGAGGUGCUCGUGGCCUUAGAGUAUCUUCAUUGUCAAGGUAUUAUAUACAGAGAUCUGAAGCCAGAAAAUGUAUUGAUACAAAGCAAUGGACAUGUAGCCUUGACUGAUUUUGAUCUUUCCUGCUUGACAUCUUGCAAGCCUCAGCUUUUGAUUCCUGAAGCAAAUGAAAAGAAGAAGAAGAGGCAUCAUAAAGGUCAACAGACUCCAAUUUUCAUGGCCGAACCAGUGAGGGCAUCGAAUUCUUUUGUGGGAACAGAAGAGUAUAUUGCUCCGGAAAUUAUAAGUGGAGCUGGACAUUCUAGUGCAGUGGAUUGGUGGGCUCUUGGUAUUCUUCUAUAUGAAAUGUUUUAUGGGUACACGCCGUUUAGAGGAAAGACGAGGCAAAGAACAUUCGCCAAUGUUCUUCAUAAAGAUCUCAAGUUUCCUGGUAGCAUCCCGGUAAGCCUUCAAGCUAAACAGUUGAUUUAUAGAUUAUUGCAUAGAGAUCCAAAGAAUCGAUUGGGUUCACAUGAAGGUGCAAGCGAAGUGAAACGUCACCCUUUCUUUCGGGGUAUUAACUGGGCUUUAGUUCGUUGCCAGAGUCCUCCGAAGCUGGAGACUCCUGUGUUUGGAGCAGAUGAAGAUGAAAAGGUCAAAGAGGCUGACCAUGGACUCAAAGAUUUGGAGAAUAAUGUUUUUUGAAAGUUUUGUGUGUGUGUUUGUGUGUGUUUUUUUGCUUAAAUUUAUUUCUGAAGUUGUAUAAAGAACAGUUUUAUUUGUGAAUUUUAUUUUCUUGAUUUUAUUUGUGUUUUAAAGAACUAAUAAGGGAAAUAAAAAAAUCAAUAU